CCCAUCUCCAGAAGCUUCCAUAAACCCCUCCACAGCCCCUACUAAAACCCUACCACCUCCAUUCUCUUCACUCUCUCUGCUUCAAAGCAGUCGCAUUCCAGUGUUAUAAUCUCAUUUUUCUCCACAUUUUCCAUCGCUGCUUGCUAAGAUGCAAAGGCUCUCGAGACGUUCCGUCUCUGCUAUUCUUCGCAACGGUGGUGCAAGGUACCGAAAUGCCACUGCCCCAAUUUCCUCAGUCAAUCCCUUUAAAGAAUCGGCUGGAGAGGGUGAUUCGAAACUAAGAUGGUACUCAGUGUUGACCGAUGGGAAAUGCAAUGCCAAUGGAUCCAUUAAUCCUUUUAGCCUGAGAAAUGGACCAUCAUUAGGCACUAGAUACGAGUCCACUGCUGUGGCGUCUGAUGCAUCCUAUUUACCAGCCGAGAAAUAUGAAUAUCAAGCAGAGGUUAGUCGACUCAUGGACCUCAUAGUUAACAGCUUAUACAGCAACAAAGAGGUGUUUCUUCGGGAGCUUAUCAGCAAUGCUAGUGACGCCUUGGACAAGCUGCGGUUUCUUAGUGUUACGGAUGCUGAGCUUUUGAAGGAUGCAGUUGAUCUUGAUAUCCAUAUCCAAACAGAUAAAGAUAAUGGGAUAAUUACAAUCACGGAUUCUGGCAUUGGUAUGACUCGCCAAGACCUUGUUGAUUGUCUGGGAACUAUUGCACAAAGUGGAACUGCAAAGUUCUUAAAGGCGUUGAAGGAGAGCAAGGAUGCUGGCACAGAUAGCAAUUUAAUUGGUCAAUUUGGUGUCGGAUUUUAUUCAGCUUUUCUAGUUUCUGAUCGGGUUGUUGUCUCAACAAAGAGCCCAAAAUCUGAUAAGCAAUAUGUAUGGGAAGGAGAGGCCAAUUCCAGCUCCUAUACUAUUAGAGAGGAGACCGACCCUGAGAAGCUCAUUCCUAGAGGGACACGCCUCACGUUAUAUCUUAAGGUUUGCCGCACAGUAGAAGUUGAUGAGGAUCCAGUUGACGCGAAGAAGGAUGAACAGGAUGAUAAAGCUGAGAAGAAGAAGAAAACUAAGACCGUUGUUGAGAGGUACUGGGACUGGGAGCUCACUAAUGAGACUCAGCCAAUCUGGCUUCGGAACCCUAAAGAAGUUGCAACAGAGGAAUAUAAUGAGUUUUACAAGAAGACCUUCAAUGAAUACUUGGAGCCUUUGGCAUCUUCGCAUUUUACUACGGAGGGUGAAGUGGAGUUUAGGUCUAUACUCUAUGUGCCGUCCAUUGCUCCCACAAAUAAGGAUGACAUUGUCAAUCCCAAGACAAAGAACAUAAGGCUUUAUGUGAAACGGGUGUUUAUUUCAGAUGACUUUGAUGGUGAACUGUUCCCACGAUAUUUAAGCUUUGUCAAAGGUGUUGUGGACUCGAAUGAUCUUCCCCUGAACGUCUCGCGUGAAAUUCUCCAGGAAAGUCGUAUUGUACGAAUUAUGAGAAAGCGUUUGGUGCGGAAGGCAUUUGACAUGAUUUUGGGCAUCUCUAUGAGUGAGAACAGAGAUGAUUAUGAGAAAUUCUGGGAGAACUUCGGCAAGUACGUAAAAUUGGGAUGCAUUGAAGAUCGUGAAAAUCACAAACGUCUUGCUCCAUUGCUUCGAUUUUUCUCUUCUCAGAGUGAGGAAGAGAUGAUCAGUUUGGAUGAGUAUGUUGAAAACAUGACCCCUGACCAGAAGGAGAUCUAUUACAUUGCUGCUGACAGUGUGACAAGUGCGAGGAACACUCCAUUCCUAGAGAAACUACUGGAAAAGAAUCUUGAAGUGCUUUACUUGGUUGAUCCCAUUGAUGAGGUUGCCAUCCAGAACCUUAAAUCAUACAAGGAAAAGAAUUUUGUUGAUAUUAGCAAAGAAGACCUGGAUGUAGGUGAUAAAAAUGAGGAAAAGGAAAAGGAGAUGAAGCAGGAAUUUGGGCAAACUUGUGAUUGGAUAAAGAAACGGUUAGGUGACAAAGUUGCCAGUGUACAAAUCUCAAGUCGUCUGAGCUCAUCGCCUUGUGUUCUUGUAUCUGGGAGGUUUGGUUGGUCUUCUAACAUGGAGAGACUGAUGAAGGCACAAACAGUUGGUGAUACGUCUAGCCUUGAAUUCAUGAGAAGCAGGAGGGUCUUUGAGAUCAAUCCUGAUCACCCAAUCAUUAACACAUUAAAUGCCGCAUGCAAGAGUAGCCCAAACGAUGAAGAAGCAUUGAGAGCUGUUGAUCUUUUGUAUGACACAGCUUUGAUGUCUAGCGGUUUCACUCCUGAAAGUCCAGCACAGCUCGGAGGGAAGAUAUACGAGAUGAUGGGCAUGGCUCUUUCGGGCAAGUGGGGAGCAUCGCCUGCUGAGUUUCAACAGCCUGUGACCCCAUCCUACAUUCCAGAAACGAUGGAAGCUGAGGUGGUUGAGUCUAUUGCUGAAACCGGUACACAGAAAUGAGAAGCGGGCUUUUUUCUUAGAUAUUCGUAAUUAUUCAUACAUAAUAGAUUUAGUAUCAGUGAAUUUCGUACCGACGGUAAUUGGUUGUAGUGGCAUAAUUUGAGCACAGAUUGAAAAUGAUACAGAUGGAAACCUCAUUCUGAUUCUUUGAAAGAUGAAAAGUUGAUGUCAAAGGACUCUCUUGCCAACACAAUUUUGUUGGAACACCCCAACUUGGCUUGUGGUUGUGGGUGAAUGUGUUGCAGCAGCAAUUUAUAUUUCCUUAAUUGUUUUCUUAUUUUUC